CCUAACUAAAGAAGGGCGCAGAGAGGGUUUUGGUUUGGUUUAUGUCUCGCGGCUACAACACACACAAGCGUGAGACAAGUUUUUGUUUGCGAGAGUGAGAAUUAGAGAUUAGUUUAGUUUGGAGAAUCACUUCUUUCAAAUAGUGGUUUAACAAAACUUAAACGAAUAGAGAACCGUUGCUCACGCUCCCGCCAUGGCCACCGUGAUAGGUGAGGAGGAAGACAAGAAGGAGCACGCCAAAACACUCAUCUGCGCCCUCAAUCUCCUCUCACGCGACCUCCCUCUUCCCUCUCACCUCCUCACCUCCGUCUCUUCAAUCUACCACAACAACCACCACGUUCGUAACGAUGAUGUAGGGGAUUCUGGAGAAGGUUUAAUUGCAGAUCUUGAAGAUGCUGUGUUGAAUCAGCGGCUGAGUCGUGUGUCAGGUUCCAAAUUGGAGGAAGCGAGGGGAAACCGGUAUCAAACUCAGAUUCAAAACCGGUUGAACCAGCUUCAAGAAUUGCCUUCAAGCAGGGGAGAUGACCUGCAGUCGAAGUGCCUGCUUGAAUAUUAUGGACUAAAGCUAGCAGAGUUGCAGUCAAAGGUUCGAUCUGAUGUGAGUGCUGAAAACUGGCUAAAUGUUAAAUGUGCAUAUCCUGACAGGCAAUUGUUUGACUGGGGCAUGAUGAGAUUGCGCCGUCCACUGUAUGGUGUUGGAGAUCCAUUUGCCAUGGAUGCUGAUGAUCAGUUAAAAAAGAAACGGGAUGUUGAGAGACUGUCAAGAUUAGAAGAGGUGGAGAAAAACCAUAUAGAAACUAGAAAAAGGAAAUUUUUUGCAGAAGUACUUGAUACUGUCCGUGAUUUCCAAUUACAAAUUCAAGCUUCUUUGAAGCGGAGAAAACAGAGGAAUGAUGGCAUCCAGGCAUGGCAUGGAAGGCAAAGACAACGAGCAACCCGAGCAGAGAAAUUGAGAUUCCAAGCCUUGAAGUCUGACGAUCAAGAAGCUUACAUGAGAAUGGUGAAAGAGAGUAAGAAUGAAAGAUUAACUACGCUUCUUGAAGAAACAAAUAAACUACUUGUAAAUUUAGGAGCAGCUGUUCAACGUCAAAAGGACAACAAACAUUUAGAUGGUAUUGAACCCUUGGAAGAGUCCGAAGCUGAUUUGCCUGAGUCAGAUGCUUCAAAGAAUGGGGUUUCUAAGGAAUCACCUCUAGAUGAAGAGAUAGAUUCUGAUCAUAAUGGUGAUUCUAGAGAUUUACUUGAAGGUCAGCGGCAAUACAAUUCUGCCAUACACUCGAUUCAGGAAAAAAUCACUGAGCAACCGUCUAUACUUCAAGGUGGGGAAUUAAGACAAUACCAGAUAGAGGGGCUCCAAUGGAUGAUUUCUUUGUUUAAUAACAACUUAAAUGGAAUUUUGGCUGAUGAAAUGGGACUUGGGAAGACAAUACAAACAAUUUCGCUUAUAGCACAUCUUCUGGAAUACAAGGGUGUAACUGGUCCACACUUGAUUGUUGCUCCAAAGGCUGUUCUGCCAAAUUGGAUGAGUGAAUUCUCAACAUGGGUUCCUAGCAUUACUACUGUUCUUUACGAUGGAAGGCUGGAAGAAAGGAAAGCAAUGAAGGAAGAAUUGUCAGGAGAGGGGAAAUUUAAUGUUCUUAUAACACACUAUGAUCUUAUAAUGAGAGAUAAAGCAUUUCUCAAGAAAAUUCAUUGGCGCUACUUGAUUGUGGAUGAAGGGCACCGAUUGAAGAAUCAUGAGUCUGCUCUAGCAAGAACCUUGGACUCUGGCUAUCACAUUCAACGAAGACUUCUUUUGACUGGUACCCCAAUUCAGAACAAUUUGCAGGAAUUGUGGUCCCUGCUUAAUUUUCUCCUUCCUAACAUUUUCAACUCAGUUCAGAAUUUCGAGGACUGGUUUAAUGCUCCCUUUGCAGACCGAGUUGAUGUCUCUUUAACAGAUGAAGAACAGCUAUUGAUCAUCCGGCGUCUGCAUCAAGUGAUAAGGCCCUUCAUCUUAAGAAGGAAAAAGGACGAGGUAGAAAAAUGUCUUCCUGAGAAAUCUCAGGUCAUACUCAAAUGUGAUAUGUCCGCCUGGCAGAAAGUAUAUUAUCAACAAGUUACUGAUGUAGGCAGAGUUGGCUUAGACAAUGGUUCUGGAAAAUCAAAAAGUCUACAGAACUUAACAAUGCAACUCAGAAAGUGUUGCAACCAUCCCUACCUCUUUGUGGGAGAUUAUGAUAUGUAUAAACGUAAGGAGAUUGUCAGAGCAUCGGGUAAGUUUGAACUUCUAGACCGUUUGCUACCAAAACUUCGCAGAGCUGGACACAGAGUCCUCCUUUUCUCACAAAUGACUCGACUCAUGGACGUUCUUGAAAUUUAUUUGCGACUUCAUGAUUUCAAGUAUCUUAGACUUGAUGGCUCAACAAAAACAGAGGAAAGAGGCACUCUGCUAAAGAAAUUCAAUGCUCCUGACUCCCCAUACUUUAUGUUUCUCUUGAGCACCCGUGCGGGGGGUCUUGGUUUGAACUUGCAAACAGCAGAUACUGUUAUAAUUUUUGACAGUGAUUGGAACCCGCAAAUGGAUCAACAAGCAGAGGACCGAGCACAUCGCAUUGGACAAAAGAAGGAAGUUAGGGUUUUUGUCUUGGUUAGUGUGGGAUCAAUAGAAGAGGUGAUUUUAGAGCGUGCAAAACAAAAGAUGGGCAUUGAUGCCAAAGUCAUUCAGGCAGGACUUUUCAACACUACUUCAACAGCCCAGGACAGGAGAGAAAUGUUAGAGGAGAUUAUGCGUAGAGGUUCAAGGGCGCUUGGGAAUGAUGUGCCCAGUGAGAGAGAAAUUAACCGGCUUGCUGCUCGAUCAGAUGAGGAAUUUUGGCUGUUUGAGAAAAUGGAUGAAGAGAGAAGGCAAGAGGAAAAUUACAGAUCUCGUCUGAUGGAAGAGCAUGAAUUGCCAGAUUGGGUGUAUUCUCCACUUAAUAAGGAUGAUAAGGCCAAAGAGUUCAACGCUAGUGUUACUGGAAAGCGGAAAAGGAAAGAAGUGGUAUAUGCAGACACAUUGAGUGAUCUACAAUGGAUGAAGGCUGUGGAGAAUGGGGAAGACAUGGCAAGGCUUUCAGGUAGAGGGAAAAGAAGAGACCGCGUCUCAUCUGACAGCAUUGCACAAGCCAGUGAUAAUGCGGUGGCGGAAGAAAGUUUACUAUAUAGAGCUGAAAGUGCUUCCAUGGCAAGCGAAAGAACAAGUGAAGAAGAUAGUUUCCAUGUGACCCCUGCCUCAAAGAGAUUCAAGCCUGAAGGAACAAAUUUCCAGAGACAUGCGUACGAGGAUGUCAGAGGAAGUGGUUUAAACCAGCAUCUGUUAUCCUGGAAUACUCACAGGAAGAAGAGAUCAAACUUUCCUGGGCCGGGUUCAUCAUCCGAUUCUAGAGGGCAAAGUUCAAACGGAAAAGCAAACUGGAACUGAUCUAAGUUAAAAUUUAGUCAUUGCUGCCAGAGUUCACACAAGUAGUUCUUGAAGCAGAAUUGGCAAGCAAUUUUCUUGUAUUAACAGUUUGUUCUUCAAUUGUGCAACAUCCACAUUAAUUCAGAGAAAGUAUUUAUUUACAAAUUUUGAAUAAAUAUUAGAUUUGCCAUAAAAAACCCACAUUAUCAUAA